AUGAUGAAGAUUUUUUAAAUAAUAUUCCAUCAAGCCAAUCCUCGAAUGCUAUUACUACCUCACUUAUUGAUCCUAAUACUACCACUACCCUGCCUAUUGAUCCUAAUUCUGUUACUACACUACUU